AUGGCGCGCAAAAGCAUUGCGCUGUUCGUAACCACACUAUGUAUCCUUAGCGUGGUCGCUCUUGGCGCAAAGAAAUCAACAGAUAGACUCAUUUUAGCCUUGAGAAAGCGUAUCCUUGCGACUGUUGUUGAGGAGCUCAGCGUGAAAGGCCUGGACAUCAAUUUGCCCGACUCCUCGCAUCGGCUACCUCUUGCGGAAGCAGUCCGCUCUCGGGAUGUUCGGGCUGUGAUGGCACUGCUGGAGCAAGGGGCCCUUGCCAGGUGCCAUGAGCCUGGCUCCGGAACCACUCCGCUCCAUUUGGCCUUCCAAUUCAAUCUGCCGAACAUCGCUCGGGCUCUGCUGGCGCAUGGUGCCGACCCAAAUGCCAAGGACAGGUCCGGCGUGCCCGCCCGCAAGCUCGUACCCCUCAGCAGUAGCACCACCCGCGGCAGCAGUAGCAGCACCGCCCGGGGGAACAUUUCCGAACUCAUUUCACUGUACGACACUCGGGGCUCAAUGGCCUUUGAAUCGGCGCCUGGUUCGUGGCUGAAGGAGGACAGGCCGGGGGGCUCCACCUACUACUGGAGCCCCAGCACGAGGGAGUCCAGGUGGACACCGCCGCCCUCGUGCGCCUGGCAGAGGGUUACCAUACAGGGACAUCCCGUAAGGUACAUUAACACGGUGACAGGUCAACAGCUCACCUCCCUCCCACCCGCACUCUCCUGGACACGACUGCGCUCCGAAACCGACAAUGGAUCUCAGCUACUUUGGUACAACUGGGCCGUACAAGUCUCAUCAACCGCCACACCAGCCGAGCUUCCUCCCGACAUGCUCGCCCAACUGGCCGUACAGGUCAAUGUACGGUGGUACAAUCCAACCACCGGGCAGUACAGCUAUACAGAUCCGGUGUACUCCACUCCGUGGAGGGAGCUCACGGACGAGGCCACAUCUCGGCCCUACUACUUCAACGUUGACACGAGAGAGAGCUUGUGGGAGGCCCCCGAGGAGCUGUGUUGGGUGAAAAUGGAGAUCAGUGACACAUCCGGGGCGGGGGAGGGGGAGGGGGAGGGGGACAGAGCGAUGCGUGGUAGUGUGGGGGUUGGUAGUUGGGCUGCACGGCAGUACUUUUACAACCGGCGCAGCGGUGAGGUGUCCUGGACCGCACCCGCGUCCGGUCCGCUGGCCUUCGUGCCCUACGCAUCGGAGCUGUGA